AUGCUUCGGUUGGAGCAAAAAUGGAGAAGCCAACUACCUACACAGAAUGGCGGCUCAAAGAGAACCAAGGUUAGUGCAACUAGAGCAUACUCAUCCUCAUCAAAUCCAGAAACACCGUUGGCUGACGAACCCGGUGUGGACUCUCCUGUUCGCCCACAAGGAUCAAAGAAGAGCAAGCAAAAAAGUAAGGAAAAAGCACAAAUGUCUGAAGAUUUUAGCGAAAGAAAAUCAUCGGUUGUCAAAAAAUUAUCUCUCAUGGAAGAUUUUAAGAAUGUUAGAGAAAGGGAACUAAUGGGUAGGAAAAAAGAAAGAGAAGAGGAGAAGGAACAUAGAGCAAAGAUUAUGGCAAUCAAAGAGAAGGAAUUACAAAUUCAAGCGGCAAUGAAAGAACAAGAAUUACAAACUCAGAGGUAUAUUAAAGAAAUGGAGAUAAAAGCAAAAGAAAGGGAGAUGGAAAGGAUAGCCAAGGAAAGGGAAAGGGAGAUGGAUAUGCAAAUACUUAAUGCUGACACGUCUACAAUGAGUGAAAAACGACGAGCUCUUCAUGAGAUUGCAUGUGAGAAAAUAAUCGCCAAGUGGUUUACUUAA